AUGGGUUCACCUUGCGGGACCAGUUUAGCAAAUACAGUUAUGGCUUAUUGGGAAGAUCAAUACUUAUUUAAAAAUGCCGAAUGGGCUCCCUACAUUAAGUAUUAUACUCGUUUCCUCGACGAUAUCUUCAUCUUAUUUGAAGGAGAUAAAAAUAUAGGGGUUAAAUUCCUACAUUACCUUAACAACACUACGGAAUUUUUUAGAUUCACAUCCAACUUUCAGAAUGACUCCAUUGAUUAUUUGGAUGUGAAUUUAUCAAAAGACUACGUUAAUAAACAAUAUUUUUCUAAGAUACAUAGGAAAACAACUUUUUGUAACUCGUACCUCCAUUACACUAGCCUUCAUCCAACUAGUCAAAAGAAAGGUAUUGUGAAAGGUCAGCUAAUUCGAGCAGCUCGAAUGACUACAUACUUUAGUGAUUUCGAGCUUGAAUGCAACCUCCUUACAGACUUCUUUUGUGAAAGAGGCUAUCCUUGUGAUUUUGUUGAUGAGAUAGUCCAGGAAGUGAGGUACAAAAGAAUUAACGGUACUAUAUUACCCAUUCUUAACCAGACCAGUGAUAGAGGAGCUGAAGUAACCUUUAAGGCAAAUCAGGACAUCUUAUUAGAAGAAGUAGACAUGGAGCUUUUGCACUAUCUCAGAAAAGUGUCUUUUAUAAACAGCAACAAUGAAGAAAUAUUCUUUGACAAGAAUGGUGAUCCCCCUGCCUUGUAUGACAUCCUAAACUGGCAGAUAUCACUUGAGGGGUCUAUUCAGUUAAUAGAAAUUGGGCGUUUUGACUCCAAAGACUCACAGGGUCACUAUUUGCAAAUCAACACCAGCAAAAUAAUAUGGAAUGGAUAUUAUAACCAGAUUCCACCCUCAAGAUGUUCUGAGGAUUGUAUUCCAGGGUACAGGAAAGCUGUUCAACAAGGUCAACCUAUUUGUUGUUUUGUCUGUAUUUUAUGUUCUGAAGGGGAAAUUAGCAACAACAGUGGUUCCUCUGAAUGCUUCAAAUGCCCACUUGAGAAGUGGCCUAACAAAAGACAAGAUAAAUGCCUUCAAAAAUCAACUGAAUUCCUUACCUUUGGAGAGCCAUUAGGAAUCAUAUUGGCUAUAGCUGUGGCUGUGAGUGCACUGGCUUCCAUUGCAGUUCUCCUCAUUAUUGUCAAGUGCAGAGAUACACCUGUGGUUAAGGCCAACAACCGGGACCUCAGCUACCUUCUAUUGCUGUCCAUGACUCUAUGCUUGCUUUGUUCUCUUAUUUUUCUUGGCGAACCAAGUCAAGUAACAUGCACUAUCCGUCAAGUUACAUUUGGGAUGACGUUUGUGCUUUCUGUCUCCUGUGUACUGGCUAAAACUAUUAUGGUCAUCAUUGCUUUCAAUGCUACAAAUCCAAACAGCAAUGUAAGGAAGUGGAUUGGGCCUAAAUUGCCCUAUGUGGCAGUGUCUGUCUGCAUAUUGUUUCAGCUGCUCAUCUCUGUUACAUGGCUAAGCAUUUUUCCACCCUUUCCAGAAAAGAACAUGAGUGCAAACCCUGGGCUGAUAGUGGUGGAAUGCAAUGAAGGCUCUGCCACUGCUUUCUGGUGCAUGCUGGGAUAUGUGGGCAUUCUGAAUUUUAUAAGCUUUGUAGUGGCUUUUCUCUCAAGAAACCUUCCUGAUAGCUUUAAUGAAGCUAAGUACAUCACUUUUAGCACAUUUGUCUCUGUCAGCGUUUGGCUGUCAUUUGUUCCAGCUUACUUGUCCACAAAAGGGAAAUACAUGGUAGCAGUUGAAGUGUUUGCUAUUUUAUCUUCUAACAUAAGUUUGCUUACUUGCAUAUUUCUUCCAAAACUAUACAUCAUUGUUCUGAAACCAUAUAUGAACACAAAAGAAUAUCUGAUGAAGAAACAUAGAGUUUAA